AUGAGAACUCACACUGAGCAGAGCCCUCACCAGUGCACCCAGUGUGGGGAAGGCUUUGAACUUCAGGACGACUUACAAAAACAUCAGCAGAAUGAGUGUGAUGAGAUGAUGAACCAACAGGAGGCCAAUGAACACCAGCAUGGAAAGGACAGGAUCUCAGGACAGUCCAGUAAUGCAAGUACUGAUCCCAAAACAUGCCAUCUAUGCCAUAAUACUUUUUUUUUAUUUCAAUAUGUGUUGAAAAAGCAUCUUAUUGUAUUUCAAAAAGGCAGAAGCAUUUUUAUGUGUCAUCUCUGUCUAAAUGGUUUUGCCUUCCUCAGUGCUUUGAAGAAACACCAGAGCAACAAAAGAGGUUGUCCUUCAAGUGAAAUCAUCAAUAAGAGGGAGCUAUGGUCAAAUGAAAACUUAGUCGGAGGGAAAUGGACCCACGAGGAGACUAAAGCACUGAUCUCUGUAUGGUCAAACAAACAGAUACUUCAAGAGUUGGAGAAUAUAUAUAUAUAUAUAUAUAUAUAAAAAACAGUCUACUACGAAAUGUCAAAGCAGCUAAAGGACCAUGGCGUCAAAAAUUUUUGGAAGCAGUGCCAAUUAAAGAUAAAGGACUUGAAGUACAACCACAGACAAACACUAUGAAGCCCAAGCAGUAA